UCAACACAUCAGCUUCAAGUUGUGUUCUCACCUGCAGAAAAAUAAUUGAAGGAGGUAUUUGUGUCUUUGCAUUUUUUUUUUUUUCCCCAAGGGGGGAUAUUGGUUUCUCAUAAAUUAUGCUGACGGGUAAAACUGACUGUAUUGUGGGUGAGAGGUGUGAAUGCUUGUGAGGGUAAAUGAUCACUUGAUGCAAUGGUGUCAAAAAGGUGGUGGUAAGUUUGUGACGCAUUAUUUCAACUGCCUGCUACAGUCUCUUAAAAAGACCUCCUCAUAAUAACAUACCCACAUUAUCAACACCAACUAACUGACCAACACCCCUUUGAUCUGGACAUCAAGAGCUAUGGCCUGGACUUCUAGAUUAAUCACCAUCGCUGUUCUGAUCACCCUCAUUGGAUGCUUCACUGGUGCACUGGGCAACUAUCGUCGGCCCACUAGAGUUGGAGUGACCUGCUGUAAGACGGUGUCGAAGGGAAGAAUCCCUCCUGAAACUAAACUGAUUGGAUACAAGCAUCAGAAUGCUCUGAGUCCGUGUGUGGAUGCUAUAAUAUUCUACACAGAGAAGGACAAGUACUGCUCUGAUCCAAAUGCGCGCUGGAUUCGACAGAGACUGGAAGGUCUGAAGAAGAUUGAGGACUGAGCAAAUGGAGGCCUAGAAGAUGCCACAAAUCUCUAUCAGUCUAUUAAAAGAGAAUAUAUAUUAAUGUUUAUUUAACCAAAACAAGUACCAUUAGAUACCCUUCUAGCUUAUGUGAACGUUAAAAGAUGUCUCACUUAAUUGCUUUGUUUUUAUAUGCUUUAAAAUUAAAUGCACUUUUGAAAAAAAAAAA